CACUUGGCCUGCGAAUCUCGUUGAUGGCAUUCCAUGACAAUGUGGCGUAUAGUUUGCUCUGGGCAUCCGCAUUCACAGCUUUUUAAAACAUACAAAUAAAAUUAACAUUAUCCUGAUUCAGCACUCUACAAGAAAACAUGACUUGAAUAAAUUAUUUAAGCACACGUCACAAAUCUAAAACUUCUAGUCAUGGUGUUAUGGCACUAUGUCCACUUCACACAAUCAAAAUAAUACUGUUUGGCCUUCUGCCCUUCCACGCGGCUUUGGGUUCAAUAUAUAGCUCUUGAAUGGCGAAGAUUGCAGUUUCAAUUCGUUCAAGCAUUCUCGGAUACCAGACGCAAGCGCUCUGUAUAAAUUAAAACGCAGGUUAAGAUCUAAAAAAUGCGUUUCUUAUAUGCUGUCGGUGUACUUUGCGUGGCGUCUUAUGCCAACGCAUAUUCUUCUGGGGCACCAGAGAGUGCAUGCAUUGACAUGAUCCCGAAGCAUCCUGUCAGUCCUCAAACGUCUACACCACCUUACACCAUUACAACCAGCACAAAGACAGUCAAAGCCGGUACUCCCAUGGAAGUUGUGAUCAGCGGUAACAAGCCAGAGAACAUUAUACGCGGUCUGCUGCUCGAAGCCCGCCAGGGAAACAAUAUUGUCGGCAAGUUCACUUUGAACCCUAACGACCAAUUCGCGAAACUACUCAAUUGCGGCGAGCCUGGAAAUGCAGUGACUCACAAGAAGCACGAUGAACAAUAUGACAAACAAACUGUUGCGUAUACUUGGACUCCACCUGUGGGCUUCAACGACGAAAUCAAAUUCAGAGCUACCGUGGCCUACAACGGCGCAAAGUUUUGGGUGGGAUUAGAAUCUGCACCAGUUAAAGUUAUUAAUUAAUAUAUCAUUGUCAUAGUUACAUAAUAAUAGAUUUAAAGAUGUAUGUAUUUCGUGAGCACGUUCGUAUUUGCAAUACUGAUUGAACAUGAUUGUUACCAAUUAAAGUAGCUAUUUAAGGAAUAACUAAUUUAAGUAUAAUAUUUACUGUUAAUAAAGGUAUUUAAUUAAAA